AUGGCAGACCCGAAACAAGGAGGAGUAGUGAAGAAAGGUCAUGAAGAAGGGUUGAAAUUGGCAGUUUCUCUAUUGGAAGAGUUUGGGUUACCAAUGGGGCUUUUACCUCUUGCUGAUGUAAUUGAAGUGGGGUUUGUGAGAAGCACUGGCUACAUGUGGAUUCAACAGAUGAAGAAAGUAGAGCACAACUUCAAAAUCAUUAGCAAACUUGUGAGCUAUGACACUGAUAUCAAUGGCUUUGUUGGACCAAAGAAUAUCAAGAAGCUCAAGGGUGUUAAGGCGAAAGAGCUCAUGUUAUGGCCACCGGUUAGUGAGAUCGUCGUCGAUGAUCCCGCCACGGGCAAAAUUCACUUUAAGAGCUUUGCUGGGAUCACCAAAACCUUCCCCGUUGAGGCUUUUGCUGCUGGACAGUAAAUUAUGCAUGCAAGCAUGCAUAUAUAUAAAUGAGUAUAAUAAGUUCUAAUACUUAUAUAAUAUAACCACCACAUGAUGCCCUAAAAGUAAUAUUUUCUUCAUUUGUAGUCUUAGUUUUGGUUUAUUUGCAUUAUCGGAUUUCUAGUUCUUUUUUCUUUUCUUUCAAACAUUAUAAGGGGGUUGGAAGUUCUCAUGGUGAUCUAUGUUUCAAAAUAAAGUAAUAUGAUUUAUUAUGCCAUAAGGUUUUAGUG